AUGUGGCCCACUGACAAGGUUUUGCACUGUGCAGUGGUGUGCAGCGUGGCCGCCAAUCCCUUGGGCCCCACCCCUGACGUCGUGCCCCCCGCCCAGGCCUACCAGAAGAUCGUUGACCUAGGGACGGGCAAGGCCAAGCUGGAUGUCUGGAAGACGUUCCUCUUCGGCUUGCUGGCAGGCGCAUACGUUGGGAUGGGGGCACUUCUGGCAUUGACGGUGGGCGGGGCAUGCCCAGGAAUCCUCCAAGCCAAUCCCGGCCUGCAGAAGAUCGUCCUGGGCACCUUCGGCCUACCCUUUGGCCUCAUGAUGGUCCUCAACUGUGGAGCUGAGCUCUUCACUGGCAACACGGCCAUGGUGACUGCAGCAGUGUAUGAGGGCAAGGCCACGUGGGGUCAGCUGGCCAAGAACUGGGUGUUUUCGUACCUGGGCAACCUGCUUGGCAGCAUCGGUCUGGUGUACUUGUUGGUCCAAGCUGGAACUGUGGGCAACCCCACUGCCCUGAGCGUCGCCGCUGCAAAGACAUCACUCACCUUUGGCCAGGCCUUCCUGCGGGGCAUCCUGGCAAACUGGCUGGUGUGCCUGGCCAUCUGGAUGGCCACCGCCUCCUCCUCCCUGCCUGGCAAGAUCAUAGGCGUCUGGCUGCCCAUCUCCGCCUUCGUCGCAAUGGGCUUCGAGCACUCUGUGGCGAACAUGUUCUUCAUUCCCUUUGGCAUGGCAUCUGGAUCGAGCAUCACGACCGCCCAGUUCCUGACAGCCAACUUGAUCCCAGUGACCCUGGGGAACAUCGUUGGUGGCGCAUUCUGUGUGGCGACCAUCUACUCGGCGCUGUAUGGCAGACUGGGCAACGGCGGCAAGGACUGA